GCCCCUGAGCUUUAGGGUGUCAGACUAGUUCUCUACCUGCCCAGGUUUGCUUAGGGCGUGGAGGCUGCGGAUAAAGGCAGGACUCAGGCUAAGCAGCCCUGCUGUGUCCCGGAACCUGAACCUCCGCGCAGCCCGUGGAGCACGCAGGUCUUCGUUCUCACCCAGCCCCCACUGCACUUUCCGGCUCCUUCUUAUCUCUCAGCCCAGCGAGUUUCAAGGCCAGGCUUUCUGCCCUGGGGCGAGCUGUGUACCCUGGAUAAGGAGCACAGUAGCAGGGGAUUGGGAACCAGAGGCAUCCCGGUGGCCCUGCUAAAGCUGGACCUCCCCCCUAGAUCCCUCCAGGCCAGCUCUCCGACAUGCAAGAGGUGGCCCUGAGCCUGCUCGUCCUCCUGGCAGGCCUGCCUGCCUUGGAUGCCAACGACCCGGAAGAUAAAAACAGUCCUUUCUACUAUGACUGGUUCAGCCUCCGCAUCGGCGGGCUCAUCUUCGCAGCGGUUCUGUGUGCCAUUGGCAUCGUCGUCCUCAUGACCACCAUCCAGCGGAUGCCCCACCUCUCAUCACUUCAGGCUCUGCCCAUAACUGUUGAGGAUGGAUCAGCUGAAAGAGCACCGAGGCCCACUCUUUCCCCAAGUCCUGGCUCUGCACAAGAGCCUAAACUCCAGGAUGGAAUUAUCAUACCACCUGGCCAGAGCUCCAUCUCAUCUCUCACUGGAGGGGGUCUUGGUUCAAUUUUCACUCUAAAAUGAUCUUGCCUCAUGCCUAAGCAGCCUCAAAACUCCCUAUGCGCGCGUUGGGGUUUUGGGGGGCCAGGAGAAGGUGGAUGUGCAUGGGGGCCAACAUGGAAGCUGGCAGCUGAAUCUCUGCACUGGGACAAGCCCACAGGUCUGCUUCCUCAUGACCUGGUGGACGGCAUGGGGCCUGACCUCUGCCUCCGUGGCCAUGGGAACCACAUCUGCCAUUAAAAAUGCUCUAGUAGCCACAUGGGGGACAUUCUGAGAGUGAAAGAGAGCUCUAGACAGAUAGAAUGCUGGGACGCUCCGGCGGACAGUGGGAACAUCCCAGAAAAACUAGGACAUGGGAUCAUCCUGUCACAGCAGGAGUACCCAGAUGGCUUAUGAUUACAGUGGUGACCCCCUGACUCACCUCAGACCCCAUUUGAUUAUAAAAGACGCUUCCUAACACUCAAAUGUUCCUGUAAGAUCUUUAAAUUAUUCCCCAUGAUACUCCUAAUAAUAUAUAAUGGCCACAUGGUGUGAGAACCUCCAACAAGCUCUAAACUCCCCUGAGACAGUCUCCAAUACCCAAUAAGACUUCCAAC